AUGAAGAAAGCCGGAGAAGUCGUUAGGGUUGACAUUUUUGAAGACAUGCAAGGAAGAUCAAAGGGAUGCGGAAUUGUAGAGUAUGCAACGUAUGAAGAGGCACAGGAGGCCAUAAACAGCUUAAACGAUUCCAAAUUGGAUGACCGUCUCAUAUUUGUGAGAGAGGAUCGAGAAGAAAACUCGGGCAACUACGGAAAGCCCAGAUUCAACAACAUGAGGAAAGACAGAUUGUACGCCCCCCGAGGAAGGCGCGAUUUUGAUUAUCGAGGAGGCUACAGAAGAGACUACGGCAGAGAUGACUACAGAAGAGGAAUGAGAGGAGACUUCCGAAGAGACGAUUUUGCAAGAAGUGAGUUCAGAUCAUCCAGCAAAAGAAAUUGCACCCUUAUAGUUUACAACCUCCCACCCCAAAGCACCUGGAAGGAAUUAAAAGAUUUAUUUAAAAAGCACGGUCGAGUUGUUAGAGCAGAUUUAAGAAAUGAGGAAACCCCAUCCAAGGAAAUCACAGGAACCGUUAUUAUGGAAAGUGAAUACGACGCCAAAAACGCCAUCGACGCCCUCAACUUUUGCAACUUCGACGGCUACAUUUUGAAGGUGAACUUUGAUAAUUCAGAGUAA